AUGGCGCGGUUGCUGGCAUUGCCGCUGACGGCCUGGGCUGGCCAGGUGCUUGCGCCGGAUCUGCCGCCGCAACAGGUAGAAGUCCUGGUGAACGGCAGCCGCCCAGAAGAGCUUCUAGCGAAAGCCGACCGCCUGGGUCCGCUGCUGCAGAACGAGAGCAAGUUGGGGGAGUUUGGAUACACCAAGCACCCGAAGAAAGAGUUGAGAUGGGACGACCUCCGGAGCAUCAUCAAGGGCAGGAAGUGCUCCACGGAGAAGGCGGACGAGCAGUGCGGCGAGCUCGUGUGCCGGAAGGGCCUGUGCAGCUUCUGCACGCGGGACUCGGAGUGCCCCUCACUCCACCGCUGCGUCGAAAGCUCGAACGGCCGGGCAUGCCGCGCCAUGGAACGCAAGGCCUGGGAGUCCGCGUGGCAGGACCGCAGCGAGUGCCUGGGCAAGUCGGGCCAGCAACUUGGGCGUGGGAUUGCGCCGCGUUUCCUCGCCAUGUUCUCCAAAAACUUCCCGGUGGGCCUGGUGUUUAUCGUGUUGGUGGAGUUCUGCGAGCGGACUUGCUACUACACCUUCGCGGGCACUCAAAAGACCUGGUUGCAGGAACAGGGCUACAGCAACUCCCAGUCCAGCUCCAUCAACCUCACCUGGGCCGAGGUGUGCUAUGUUUGCUGCUUUUUUGGCGGCUGGCUCGCCUCUACGCGAGUUGGAAUCUUCAGGACUAUCGCAGGCCUCUCCCUGACCUACGCCUUGGGCACCUAUUUGAGCGCCUUCGCCGCCCUUCCGCAAGUGGAAUCCACAGGGCUCUACUUGCUGGGCACCUUCGGCUUGGUGGCGUUGGGCUCGGGCGGCAUCAAGCCCAACGUGUGCACGAUGGGCGCCAAUCAGUUCGACCCUGCUGAUCCUGAAGCAGAGCAGAAUCGCGCAUCCUUCUUCCUGUACUUCUACCUCACCAUCAACUUAGGCAGCGCUUUGUCCCACGCGUUCCUCUCGAGUUGGGCGACCAGCGGAGUCCCGGGCAUCGGUGUGGAUAUUGAGCACGGCUACUUCUUUGCCUGGAUGAUCGCGGCGAGCUUGAUGCUCAUGGCAUUCCUGCUCUUUGUCGGCGGCAAGUCGAGCUAUCGCAAGGCAGGAAAGGAGGACGUGGAGGAGGAGCCGGUGGUUCAACUGUUCAUUCAGACACUGCGACAGGGCAGUGGCUCCGUGUGGGGAAAGCUGGCCAUUUUUGGCUGGGUGCUCAUUCCCGUCUUCAUCGUCGUCAGCAUUGUGAACGCUUUCGUCGAGUCUCCGGCCCUGAAGGCUGGUGCAGUGGCUAUGGCCGUUGCUUGCAUCGGGUCUUUGGUGAUCGCCCACCUGAAGAACCCUUCCUGGCUUCCAGAAAGCGAUGUCCGAAGAUGUCUGGAUUGCGUGCCUCUGCUGUUGGUGGGCAAUCUCUUCUUCGGGAUUUUGCAGAGCACCAUCUCCAGCGUCUUCCAGUCUCAGGCUUGCCAGAUGGACACGCGUCAGGACCACACGGACUUCUCCUUCGAGGGCUUCCAAUACAGCGGCGACUUCUUUCGGCUCGCUAACCCGGUCACCAUUGUGAUUGGCACUCCACUUUUGGACCGCGUGGUGUACCCCUUUGUGAGGAAGUUGACUGGGAAGGAAGUUGGAAUUGGUUUUAAGGUCAUUCUGGGCUUCGGCUUUGCGAUUGGGGCACAGCUCGUUGCAGCCAGCAUCGAGUUUGCCCGCAAGUCUUCUCCUGUGCUUGCCGUUGCAUCGCAUUGCGCACCCAUGGUCGACGGCGAGCACGUGCACAUGAGUGGCUUGAACUCCUUCUACAUGUUGGCGCCCUACGCCAUGGUGGGCUUCGGCGAAAUCAUGGUGAACCCGGUUCUGCAGCACUUGGCCUAUGAGGGCGCCCCUGCGUCCAUGAAGAGCUUGCUCCAGGCCUUCAACCUCUUUGCCAUGGGUGCCUUGCCCAACGGCGUGGCUUCCGUCAUUAGCCAGGCGCUGAAAAGUCAAGUGCCCAACGACCUGAACCAGGGAAACCUGCCACUGGUCUACUUCAUCAACAGUGCCAUUGGUGUUGUGGGCAUCUUUGCGUUUUUCGUCGUCUUGCGCUAUUCCCCCACUCGCGCGGGCGAGGCAAGCGCGAAGGUCGCGAAAAGUGACGCGAUCGAUACAGAGCUCUGA